CCAAAAACCCGUUGGCUUUGAAACGAGGGAACUGUGAUCGAUAAAAUGUUAAAUCAUGUCCAGGUUUUAGGACUCAUUCCUGGGGCACUCUGUAUCAGCCAAACUGAAAAAAAAGGAAAAAUGACAUUCCCAUAAGACUUAAUGGUAGUUCCUGUGUAACGUUAGUGCUAAUUAGCACUUACGUUAGCUUGCUGGGGGUUCCUCAGAGUUACUGCAGGGGACCCAUAAAAUUAUUGUUUGUUAAUUUAAGUCUUACUUUUUUUUUUCAAAAGUGAAAUGAAUCAAAUAUAUUAGCAAAGAUAAAUUGGCCUGUUCACUGGAAAAAAAAAAAAAAAAUACAGCACACACAACAUUAAUGACUAACUGCUACCCAUGAAUCCUUGUGCCAUCACGUUAGCUAGCUGCUAAAUCACUGUGGGUCAGACUUCCAUAACAGCAAGGUGAACUAAUAAGCUAACAGUCAUGUAUUAUUAAUAUAUUUUGGCCAGUUAGUAGUAUUGUUCCAAAUGUACAAAUAUUCUUGUGAGCCACUAUGGAUUGUUUUACAACUUUAUGAACAAGAGACUCUGACAUACCGUCCACCUCAGAAACUACAAGCGAAACUACAGGAGAGGGUGAGGCUACCACACCUAGCCAUGCUGUAUUAGCAGCUACAGUUUGGCUUUAUAUACUAUACAGUAGGCAUAGGCAACCUGCAGAUCCAGAGCCACAUGUGUCUCUUUAGUCCCUCUCCAGUGGCUCCCUAGUGGCUUUGACAGAAAAUUGUAUGGAAAUGAAUAACCGUUAUGUUUUUGUCAACAUUUUCAUUUUCAUUUAUUGUUGUAGGCCUAAAGUGAUUCUUACAUUCUUCAACUGUAAAAAUGUGCAGCCUCUAUCCCGAUUUGUGUGCGUUAUUCGUCUGUGGCCUGGCGCCUUCUUCUCUUAAAACACCACUGGUGUUGGCUACAGUAGUCUUGAGUCUCCCUAGCUGGGCUAACUAUGUAUUCCAAAUCCAAAAAGGGAAAAGUAUCAGCAGAAAAUAGAGAAUAUAAUAGUGCGUGAAAACAUUUUUUUUUUUCAUUGGCAACACUGCAAAGUACCAAAUAAUUUAAAAAUAUCCCACUGCAGAAUGGCCACCUUGUGCUAAAACAUACUGAUGAAUGCUCGUAUAGAUCUAUUAGUAAUGUUGAUGGGCUGAAUUCAGUUUAAAAGGCUGUGUUACCUUAUAAUGAGGCCUACAUAUGUUUUGCGGCUCCAGGCAGAUUAAUUUUUAUUUUUAUUUUUUUGCCAAAAAUGGCUCUUUUGAUAGUAAAGGUUGCUAACCCCUGUAUUAGGAGGAAGAUGACAACACAAAACACAAAACGUAAAAGCGUUUAAUAAUAUACAAUAUUCAGAGUAUUAAGGAAGUACAGACAUAUCCAAUAUCAGAGACAAAUCAAGCAGAAAAGGUAGGAGAGCACUCAAGAGUAGUUGACAAAUGAACUUCUGAAUCUUUGUUUUCACUUGAAUUUUGCUUUAUGUGAGAAUUGUGGAUUUAUUUUGGCUUAUGUGUAAAAUGUAACAUAUAUGAGAGAGUGGCAGUGUAAAAUAAAUAAAAUACAAAUCAGCAUCUGUGCUAUGAUCAACAUGUUGAAAACAAAAUUGUGCAGAAAUUGUAUAGAGAAAGUUCAUUGUCCAUUCUGGAUUAUUAUGCACAAGAACAAAGCAUUCAACUAUUUGUUUAAACCUCUGACCUGUUUGUAUCAUCAGACAGUCAUGAUUAAACGCUUCAGAAAUGUCAGUCAUUCAACACAAAAUGACGUAGAAACCUGUGGUGACAUAGCUCCACCAGCUGUGUACCUGAGACAUGAGCAAUGAUACGUUUGAACAGGCCAUCACACAGAAAUGGUGUCAGACAUAAACCAUCACCGCUCUGCUGGACAGACACUGAUUACUGCCGCAGAGUAAACAUUUGUUAGGCCUCUCUGUACAAGCACAGAUAGGCUCCGGCUCAAUUGACAGAGUCCCCUAAAUUGUGUCUAUGACGCCUGAUCCAUCGCGUCAAAACCAUUAAGGAGGAGACUGGGUGUGAUGAUAAUGUAUUGAUCAGGUUGUGAUGGAUGGCCAUGGAGGAUAUAUAAGUGAAGUUCUUUGCCGGGCAGAGUUAUAGUCCAUCUGUCCAUCUAAAGAUAGAGGCACCAUGUUGUCUGUAGCUCUGUUUUACCUUGUAGCUGUGAUUUGUUCUGCAAGACGGACACAUGCUCUACCUCUGUACUCUGACACCAACCUGGAGCCACAGGCAGAUUUCAUUCAAAAAUUAGUGUCAGAGGUAGAGGAUGGACCCAACGCUGCUGAGGGGGAGCAGAGAGAGGUGAAUGAUCUGUAUCCUCUACUGAUGCAGCACAAUGGAGGGAGAGAGUCCUGGAGUAGAGGCGCUAAAGAUUCAGCACAACAAGAUAAGUUAGCAAACACGGUCGAGGACCUCAGAGAAGCCGUCUUGAAGCUGGCAGCGGCUGACAAGCUUCGCUCUCAGGGUUUUCUCAGAUCAGAGCAGAACUUGCCAAAAACAAACAAAAGAGCAUGUUUCUGGAAAUACUGUGUCACCAACUAGAGCCCAGCAGCUGCAGGACGUCUGGUGUGAUUUGGCCUGAUUGGAAACGUCUCCACUCUCCAUCGUCAUUUUUGUUUCCCAUCAAACAGAAUAUUCAUGGUCUUUACUGGAUCGACAGAAGAUAUAUUUUUGAAGCUGUAAAACUGUCUUUUUUUGUGGCUGAAAAUAAACUUGACUAUCAGAAAUGCCUUUUAUGUGACCUGGUCUUGGUUGUGAUACUUGUGAUACUGAUAGAUGUUUAUAAUAUUUACAGUUUGAGACCUAAAUAAA